GGUAGAAGGAAGCAUCAGUAGCGGAUACUUGAAUGAAGAAACCGCAAAAUUUGCAGCUUAUUACUUUUCAGAAGGUGACCCAAUGAUACCUGAGCGGCUGCAGAGAAAUGAAGUUUGUGACAUUGAAGUCGACGACAAUGUUGACAGACUAUCUAUUUUCAAGCCUCACGGGCAAUCAGUGGGUGCUUGUCGAAAGAGAUAUCUUGAAGAUGCCGAGAUUGUUGCUGCCCGGACAUAUGUUCUGUUGAAUUGUUCAGAAAUUGAAAAUUACAGAGAGUAAGCUUUACUACAGAUGUUAAUGUAAAUAAUAAUAACGAUUCAGAGUCUAAUUGUUGAUUUCUUAUUAACUUAAGGAUUUUCGAAGGCGAGUUGCGGAGAGGAAACCCCGAUAUCAGCACCUCGCAAAUUGAAGCAAAGUUUGAGAGUGACUUUGCCUACUGGUUUCAACAAUAUGUUCAAAAUCCAACUGUCUGUAGUAAUCCCUUCAUUCUUAGUCUCGCCAAAGGACCUCUUAGAUCAGUCAAAACAUUUAAGGGGUACCGGGUAAACGGAUUCAAGUUUCAGACUCAAGCGUAUGGGGAGGAACAACUUACGAUGAAUAGUGGAGUCUGCGUGAAGGGAACUCAAUAUGUCGAUAACGAAAAUGACUUUUAUGGAGUUUUGACAGACAUAAUUGAGUUGGAGUAUCCGGCGCUUCCAAUGAAGACGACUGUCUUAUUUAAAUGCGAGUGGUUCGACCCAGCGCACAAUUCUGGCACAAUUAGUAACAAAAAAUACAACAUGGUGGAUAUUAAUAACAGAAAGAGAUACAAUAAGUAUGAACCUUUCAUCUUAGCCGAACAGGCCGAUCAAGUUCAUUACCUACCAUAUCCGAGUAAAAGAAGGGAUAAAUUAAAUUGGUGGGCAGUUUGCAGAAUAAAGGCACGAUCAGAACUUGACAUGCCCGAGGGGAUUGUCCCGGCUUUUCAAGAUGACAUAGAAGAAAAUCCUCUCAUUGUUGCAACAGACGACAAUCCGACAUAUUUAGCUGAUCAAAAUGGAGAAGCUGAAGAAGAUGCGUUGUUUAUGCCUCCUGAACAAGAAACAGAAGAUGAGUUCAUCGCAUCCUCAUCAGACGAAGAUGAAAGCGAAGAGCUUUAGUAGUUUAGUAAUUUUUUUGUAUUACAUUUUUUAAGUGUAUACUCGUUGAAUUUUAAUUAA